UAACAUGGACGGCAAUCACUGCUCCGUUUUCAUUCAUAGGAAGAAUUUCGCUUUCCUUGCGACUGAUCCCCCUUCUCUCUUUCUAUCCGAGCAAGCGCAACUGUUUCGCGAUCGAUCAGACAGUGGAGUUCGAUCGAAAGAUUUCUGAACAUUUUAAUCUAUCUUUACUCCAAUUUUUGGCUCCACCAUCCGUAUUCACCCUUUCCUACGUCCCUUAUUCGCCAUCGCCAGCUAGGGUUUGUGGUUCUUGAUCUCUGUUGGAUCUCUUGUUGAAGGGAUGGAGCCAAUGGAUAUUGUCGGGAAGUCAAAGGAGGACGUUUCGCUCCCAAAAGCAACUAUGUUCAAAAUAAUUAAAGAGAUGCUUCCGCCCGAUGUCCGUGUAGCAAGGGAUACUCAAGAUCUCCUUGUUGAAUGUUGUGUUGAAUUCAUCAAUCUGUUAUCUUCGGAGGCGAACGAAGUCUGUAAUCGAGAGGACAAGAGGACGAUUGCACCAGAGCAUGUUCUUAAGGCAUUAGAGGUUCUCGGCUUUGGAGAAUACAUCGAAGACGUAUACAGUGCGUACGAACAACAUAAGCUCGAGACACUGGAUUCUCCCAAGGGUGUUAGAUACAGCGGAGUCGAGAUGACAGAAGAGGAAGCUGCAGCAGAGCAGCAGAGAAUGUUUGCCGAGGCUCGAGCCCGAAUGAACAACGGGGUCGCCCCACAGAAGGAGCCCGAACCGGAUCGCGGGUUCGCCGUCCCGGAUCGCGGGUUCGCCGUCCCGGAUCGCGGGUUCGACGGCGUGAAUGCUGAUCACGUAUAACAAACAAGCCCGGCUCUCUAUCGCCUGCGAAAACUGGAAGAUUAUGACUAUAAACUGUUAAUGUAGAUAGGGGCAAUUACAUCAUUAAAUACAGUGAUUAACCCAACAACAAUAGUAGUUUUUAUCACUAAUUACACACUUUAACAUGCUAGAAAUGGCAGUAUGUUACAUCUGUGUUUGAUUGUUUGAUUUUGUGCCAGAUUCAGGUAUAUCUGAUACCAGUUUGGUUGCUUUCAGUAUUA